AAAACAGAAUUCCACGACGUCUCACCUGCACACGCGCUCGUCGUCGUCUCAUCGGCGCUUGCUGCGACAACUCACGCCGGUGGCUUGAGCGCGCCAUCGACCAGGGUUGUUACACCAAGCGAUGGCGGCGGUGGCCGGGGAUGGUGGUGGUGGGCCCGAGGAGGGCGUCGGCGAGAGCUCGUCCCCGCCUCGCAACCCCGUGCUCGCGCCCGCACCCGCUGCCUCUGGCGGGAGCGGGAGCGGUGGCGGCGGCCGCGGAGGUGGCCUCCGGGACAUCUGCCGCGAGGUGUUCGAGCGCCUCGUCAACGAUGGCCACAGGGCGGGCUCCGAGCUCCUUGCCCAGCUCGAGGCCCACUUCAAUCGACUCCCCAUCAGCUACAAGCUGGAUGUGAAUAUUGACAAAGCAGAAGAUGUGUUAAUCCAUCAGAAAGUUUUGGCAGAAGCACAGGAUCCUGAUAGGCGCCCAGCAUUCACUGUCCGUUUCCUCAGGCUUGAAGAGGUAAAUGUGGACGAGACAACUAACUCUGAUGCACAUGAAGAAGGGGCUGAUAUUGGUGAAGCUCUUUCUACCAGGUCAAAGACAUCAUAUGCACACAUUCAUGAGAUACUAUUCUCCACCAAGGAUAAACCCAAGCUCCUGAGUCAGUUGUCUGCUUUGCUUUCUGACAUUGGACUGAACAUCAAGGAGGCACAUGUGUUCUCAACAACAGAUGGUUAUUCUCUUGAUGUUUUUGUUGUUGACGGUUGGCCCGUUGAGGAAACUGAUGGUUUGCAUAAGGCACUAGAAGUAUCAAUUUUGAGAAAUGAGGGUUCCUGGUCUGGCUCUGAAUCCUCAGCUUCCAAAAGAUCACUGCCAUUCCUAGCACAGGAUUUUGAAUCAGAUAUUGACACAAGACUUCUGAAGCUUGUAAAUAAGAUUGCUUCUGGAUCUUGUGGGGACAUGUUUCUUGGGACCUACAGUGGUGAGGAGGUUGCUGUUAAAGUUCUUAAUCCUCAGAAUUUGAACAAAAAUGUAUGGAGUGAAUUUAAGCAAGAAAUCAACAUGUUAAGGGAAGUUGAUCAUCCGAAUAUUGUCCGAUUCAUUGGUUCAUGCACAAAGCCACCUCAGUUUUACAUAAUUACAGAGUGCAUGUCUAGAGGAAGUCUGUUUGAUUUCUUGCACAAUGAGCAUAAUGUGUUGGACCUCCCAACGCUUCUGAAGUUUGCACUAGAUGUAUGCCAAGGGAUGUCCUACUUGCAUCAGAAAGGCAUUAUCCACAGAGAUUUAAAGUCUGGCAACCUUUUAUUGGAUAAAAAUGAUGUUGUUAAAGUAGCCGAUUUUGGUCUAGCUCGUUUUCAGGAUGGAGGGGGUGAUAUGACUGCUGAAACUGGGACCUAUAGAUGGAUGGCACCUGAGGUUAUAAAUCAUCAGCCCUAUGACAGCAAAGCAGAUGUAUACAGUUUUGCUCUUGUACUUUGGGAGCUCAUGACAUCCAAGAUUCCAUAUAAUACCAUGACCCCCCUCCAAGCAGCUGUUGGUGUGAGGCAGGGAUUGCGACCACAAAUUCCAGAAAAUACGCAUCCGAGGCUCAUAAACUUGAUGCAGAGAUGUUGGGAAGCUACUCCGACUGAUCGCCCUUCAUUUGAGGAGAUCAUUCCUGAACUAGAGGAUAUCCAGGCACAAGCACAGAGAACAUCAGGGGAAACGAGCCAGACAGAGGAGGACCACUCAUGCAGUAAAGAUUGAUUGACCCCCUCUGUACAUACAUGUUGACAAUUCUCUCAUCUGAUCACUAAAAUGCUGAGAAAGUAGCAUAUCAUCAGUUUUGAUGCCAUAGAAAAAAAGUAGCGAAUCAUUUUGUCAAGUUUUGUCAGAACCUUUUGGGGCCGACGGCCAAAGCUCUUGGUAUUAUCCUUGCUUCACUCUUAGGUCCCAUUUUUCUUGAUAUGAUGAUAUCUUUGAGUUGCGGCUUGAUAUAUGUGAAUAUUUGAAUGAGAAAUUUACUGCUGCUUGUCA